CGCCUUUAGUGUAACUCCCGAGUCCCGAUAACUAAGGAUAACGUUCUCUCCUAUUGCUGCAUCCCCAAAAAAAAUCACUUUACAUUUCCAUGGCUUCCGGCAUUUUUCUUCACUACUCACCUCACUGCUUUCUCUCUCAUUUUAAGCUUUGCAGUUUCAACAAUGGCUUCCCACAUGCAAGAAAACCAUAUUCUGUAUUUAGUAGUCCAGAAAACAUACAUCGACCCAUCAAAGCUUUGGCUGAGACUUCUUCAUUUCCACUGUUUCAGGAACCCCAAAUUGAUAAAACUCCUUCUGAGAUGAAUUUAGCAGACCCAGAUUUCUAUAAGAUUGGAUAUGUUAGAAGUUUUAGAGCUUAUGGUGUUGAAUUUCGAGAAGGGCCUGAUGGGUUUGGUGUCUUUGCUUCUAAAGAUAUCGAGCCGCUUCGUCGUGCUCGGAUGAUCAUGGAGAUUCCUCUGGAACUGAUGUUAACAAUUAGCAAAAGGCUCCCAUGGAUGUUCUUUCCAGAUAUUGUGCCAGUUGGUCAUCCCAUAUUUGAUAUUAUCAACUCAACUGAUCCGAAGACAGACUGGGACUUGAGGUUGGCUUGCCUUCUUUUGCAUUCUUUUGAUCAAGAUGAUAACUUCUGGCAGUUGUAUGGUGACUUCUUGCCAAGCCCUGACGACUGCACUAGCUUCCUUCUUGCAACAGAGGAGGAUCUUUUGGAGUUGCAGGACCAAAGUUUGGAGCUAACAAUGAGGGACCAACAACAUCGUUGCCUAGAGUUCUGGGAAAAGAACUGGCACUCUGCUGCACCUCUCAAGAUAAAACGUAUGGCACGUGAUCCUAAGACAUUCAUGUGGGCUGUUGGUAUCGCUCAAACACGUUGCAUAAACUUGCAGUUAAGGAUUGGUGCCCUAAUUCAGGAUGCAAAUAUGUUGAUUCCUUAUGCUGAUAUGUUGAACCACUCAUUUCAGCCUAAUUGUUUUUUCCAUUGGCGUUUUAAAGACCGAAUGCUCGAGGUUAUGAUAAAUCCUGGAAGAAAAAUAACGAAAGGGGAGGAGAUGACUUUGAACUACAUGAGUGGACAGCAGAACCAUAUGUAUAUGCAAAGAUUCGGAUUCUCCUCAGCUGUGAAUCCUUGGGAUGCCAUAUGUUUCUCUGGUGAUUCCCGUAUACAUUUGGAUACAUUCUUGUCUGUCUUCAACAUUACUGGACUUCCAGAAGAAUAUUAUUUUAAUAGUCAGUUAUCAAAAGAAGGAGAUAGUUUUGUUGAUGGAGCAGUCAUAGCUGCAGCAAGAACGUUGCCCACUUGGUCUGAUGGUGAUGUGCCUAUGAUUCCUAGCACAGAAAGAAAGGCAGCAAAGGAAUUACAGGAACAAUGCCAAAAUUUCCUUGCCAAGUAUCCUACAACAGCUAAGCAAGAUCAAAAAAUUUUAGAUACUACAUCGGAUGCGCGAAGAACACUGGAAGCUGCAAUCAAGUACUCUAAUUAUUCAAUUGGGCACUCGACGCGUUUGGACAAUCAAGUGGCUACUUUUGAGAUGAAUAGCGGUGAUCGUUAUUUUCCCUUGUUGAUCAGGGAAAAGCUCUUGCUACUCUCAAACAAGGUUGAAAAGGAAAGGCUCUUGUAUGACCAAGGCAUCAACAACAUUCCCAUAUUUUGCAUUGCUGCUACUUCUUGCUGGGAAGACACCUUCGUUCGUCAAGCUGCCUAGUUAAGCCAAACUAUAUUCAUAUUGAGCUACUGACAGAAUUGGCUCGUAGGUAGCUCAAAUGUAUAAAGAAUGUUCAUUGCUUGGUUUUUAAGAUCCUCUUGUUAAAGAUUCACAUAUUGUAAGAAAUUGUACCGGAAAUGUUUGUACCAAAUGGAAGUAUUGUAUACGUCCAAUUGAACAAUGUCUAAUUUCAUACUAAGAUCUUAGGGUGUCAAUUGUAAAGCAUUCUUUUGUGUGACUGAAGGUGUACAUUGAUAACAGUUUAAUCAUAUUGUAUUUAAUCAUCUUGGGGCUAUUAUACUCCCCAGCUUCUCCUAGUUUACACUUA